AUGAACUGCUACGGCUGCUGCUCAUUUUGUUCUUCGCCGCCCCCCCCUCACCCAACUUGCGACCCCCUCACCUACAACCUCUUUUCUCAGGAAUUGAAGACUGUUUCUCUCUUUCUUUUCUGCUUUCUUCUCUCUCUCUCUCGUCUCUCUCUCUCUUUUCUGCUUUCUUCUCUCUCUUUUCUGCUUUCUUCUCUCUCUUUUCUGCUUUCUUUCUCUCUUCUGCUUUCUUCUCUCUCUUGUUUUCUUCUCUCUCUUGUUUUCUUCUCUCUCUUCUUUUCUUCUCUCUCUCUUCUGCUUUCUUCUCUCUUUUGCUUUCUUCUCUCUUUUCUGCUUUCUUCUCUCUUUUCUGCUUUCUUCUCUCUUUUCUUCUCUCUUUUCUUUCUUCUCUCUCUUCUUUCUCUCUUCUGCUUUCUUUCUCUCUGCUUUCUUCUCUCUCUUCUGCUUUCUUCUCUCUCUUCUGCUUUUUCUUCUCUCUGCUUUCUUUCUCUUUCUGCUUUCUCUCUUUCUGCUUUCUUCUCUCUUCUACUUUCUUCUCUCUUCUGCUUUCUUCUCUCUUUUCUGCUUUCUUCUCUCUCUUCUUUUCUUCUCUCUUUUCUUUCUUCUCUCUCUUUCCUUUUUCUCUCUUUUCUGCUUUCUUCUCUCUUUCUUCUCUCUUUGCUUUCUUCUCUCUUUUCUGCUUUCUUUCUCUCUUCCUUUCUUCUCUCUUUUCUUUCUUCUCUCUCUCUUUCUUCUCUCUUCUUUCUUCUUCUCUCUUUCUGCUUUCUUCUCUCUCUCUUUCUUCUUUCUUCUCUCUUUCUUCUCUCUUUUCUUCUCUUCUCUCUCUUCUUUCUUCUCUCUUCUUUUCCUGCUUUCUUCUCUCUCUCUCUUCUCUGCUUUCUUCUCUCUUUCUGCUUUCUUCUCUCUUUUCUGCUUUCUUCUCUCUCUUCUGCUUUCUUCUCUCUUUUCUGCUUUCUUCUCUCUCUUCUGCUUUCUUCUCUCUUUUCUGCUUUCUUCUCUCUCUUUUCUGCUUUCUUCUCUCUUCUGCUUUCUUCUCUCUUUCUUUCUUCUUUUCUGCUUUCUUCUCUCUCUUUUCUGCUUUCUUCUCUCUUCUGCUUUCUUCUCUCUUCUGCUUUCUUCUCUCUUUUCUGCUUUCUUCUCUCUUUUCUGCUUUCUUCUCUCUCUUCUGCUUUCUUCUCUCUUUUCUGCUUUCUUCUCUCUCUUCUGCUUUCUUCUCUCUCUUUUCUGCUUCUCUCUUUUCUCUCUCUUCUCUGUUUUUUUCUCUCUUCUUCUCUUCUCUUUCUGCUUUCUUCUCUCUCUUUUCUCUUUCUUCUCUCUCUUUCUGCUUUCUUCUCUCUUCUUUCUUCUCUCUUCUUCUCUCUUCUCUUCUCUUCUCUCUUUUUCUGUUUCUUCUCUCUUCUCUCUUUUCUUCUCUCUUUUCUGCUUUUCUUCUCUCUUUCUGCUUUCUUCUCUUUUCUGCUUUCUUCUCUCUUUCUUCUCUUUCCUUUUCUUCUCUCUUUUCUGCUUUCUUCUCUCUUUUCUCUUUCUCUCUCUUUCUGCUUUCUUCUCUCUCUCUUUCUUCUCUCUUCUUUCUUCUCUCUUCUCUCUCUUUCUGCUUUCUUCUCUCUCUCUUCUGUCUUUUUCUUCUCUCUUCUCUUUCUUCUCUCUCUUUCUUUUUUCUUCACUCUCUUCUCUUUCUCUCUCUGUCUUCUUUCUUCUGUCUUCUCUUUCUUCUCUCUUUUCUGCUUUCUUCUCUCUUUUCUGCUUUCUUCUCUCUUUUCUGCUUUCUUCUCUCUUUUCUGCUUUCUUCUCUCUUUUCUGCUUUCUUCUCUUUUCUGCUUUCUUCUCUCUUUUCUGCUUUCUUCUCUCUCUUCUGCUUUCUUCUCUCUCUUCUGCUUUCUUCUCUCUCUUCUGCUUUCUUCUCUCUCUUCUGCUUUCUUCUCUCUUUUCUGCUUUCUUCCCUCUCUUCUGCUUUCUUUGUCUUUUCUGCUUUCUUCUCUGUCUUUUCUGCUUUCUUCUCUCUCUCUCUCUCUGUUCUUUUCUGGUUUCUUCUCUCUCUCUCUCAUUGUCUUUUCUGGUUUCUUCUCUCUCUCUCUCUCUGUCUUUUCUGGUGUCUUCUCUCUCUCUCUGUCAUUUCUGCUUUCUUCUCUCUCUCUCUCUGUCUUUUCUGGUGUCUUCUCUCUCUCUCUCUCUCUGUCUUUUCUGGUGUCUUCUCUCUCUCUCUCUGUCUUUUCUGGUGUCUUCUCUCUCUCUCUCUGUCUUUUCCGGUGUCUUCUCUCUCUCUCUCUCUCUUUGUCUUUAGUGUCUUCUCUCUCUCUCUCUAUCUUUUCUGGUGUCUUCUCUCUCUCUCUCUCUUUCUUUUCUUCUCUGUCUUCUCUCUCUCUCUCUUUUCUGGUGUCUUCUCUCUCUCUCUGUCUUUUCUGGUGUCUUCUCUCUCUCUCUCUGUCUUUUCUGGUGUCUUCUCUCUCUCUCUGUCUUUUCUGGUGUCUUCUCUCUCUCUCUGUCUUUUCUGCUUUCUUCUCUCUCUCUCUCUGUAUUUUCUGGUUUCUUCUCUCUCUCUCUCUCUUUUCUGGUUUCUUCUCUCUCUCUCUCUCUUUUUCUGGUUUCUUCUCUCUCUCUCUCUCUUUUCUGGUUUCUUCUCUCUCUCUUUCUGGUUUCUUCUCUCUCUCUCUCUCUGUCUUUUCUGGUGUCUUCUCUCUCUCUCUUUUCCGGUUUCUUCUCUCUCUCUCUCUCUCUCUUUUCCGGUUUCUUCUCUCUCUCUCUCUCUUUUCUGGUUUCUUCUCUCUCUCUCUCUCUUUUCUGUUUCUUCUCUCUCUCUCUCUUUUUUCUGGUUUUCAUCUCUCUCUCUCUCUUUCUCUUUUCCUGUUUCUCUCUCUCUUUCUCUUUUCUGGUUUCUUCUCUCUCUCUCUAUCUCUUGGUUUCUUCUCUCUCUCUAUCUCUUUUCUGUUUUUCUCUCUCUCUCUCUCUUUCUGGUUUCUUCUCUCUCUCUCUCUCUUUUCUGGUUUCUACUCUCUCUCUCUUUUCUGGUUUCUUUCUCUCUCUCUUUUCUGGUUUCUUCUCUCUCUCUCUUUUCUGUUUUCUUCUCUCUCUCUCUUUUCUAUUUUCUCUCUCUCUCUUUUCCGGUUUCUUUCUCUUUUCUCUCUCUCUCUCUUUUCUGUUUUCUUCUCUCUCUCUCUUUUCUGUUUUCUUCUCUCUCUCUCUCUUCUGUUUUCUCCUCUCUCUCUCUCUUUCUGUUUUCUCCUCUCUCUCUCUCUCUUUUUUCUCUCUCUCUCUCUUUCUCUCUCUCUCUCUCUCUUCUGUUUUCUCUCUCUCUCUCUCUUCUGUUUUCUUCUCUCUCUCUCUUCUGUUUUCUUCUCUCUCUCUCUCUUCAAUUUUCUCUCUCUCUCUCUUCUGUUUUCUUCUCUCUCUCUCUUUUGUUUUUCUCUCUCUCUCUCUUCUGUUUUCUUCCUCUCUCUCUCUCUUCUGUUUUCUUCUCUCUCUCUCUCUUCUGUUUUCUUCUCUCUCUCUCUUCUGUUUUCUUCUCUCUCUCUCUUCUGUUUUCUUCUCUCUCUCUCUCUACCUUUUUCCCUAUCUCUCUUCUGUUUUCUUCUCUCUCUCUCUCUUCAUUUUCUUUCUCUCUCUCCCUUCUGUUUUUUCUUCCUCUUCAAUUUUCUCUCCCUCUCUCUUCAGUUUUCUUCCCUAUCUCUCUUCAGUUUUCUUCCCUAUCUCUCUUCAGUUUUCUUCCCUAUCUCUCUUCAGUUUUCUUCCCUAUCUCUCUUCAGUUUUCUUCCCUAUCUCUCUUCAGUUUUUUCUUCUCUUCAGUUUUCCUCUCUCUUCAAUUUUUCUUCUAUCUCUCUUCAAUUUCUUCCCUCUCUCUCAGUUUUCUUCCUUCUCUCUUUUUCUUCCCUCUCUCUUCAGUUUUCUUCCCUAUCUCUCUUCAGUUUUCUUCCCUCUCUCUCUUCAGUUUUCUUCCCUCUCUCUCUUCAGUUUUCUUCCCUCUCUCUUUUCUCUUCAGUUUUUCUUCUCUCUCUUCUUUUCUUCCCUAUCUCUUCAGUUUUCUUCUCUCUCUUUUCAUUUUCUUCUCUCUCUCUUUCUUUCUUCUAUCCUCUCUCUCUUUUCACUUUCUUCUCUCUCAAUUUUCUUUUCUCUCUUCAGUUUUCUUCUCUCUCUCUUUUUUCUUUAUCUCUCUUCAGUUUUCUUCCCUCUCUCUGUUUUCUUUCUCUUGUUUUCUUCCCUAUCUCUCUUCAUUUCUCUCCUAUCUCUUUUCUGUUUGGCUCUUCUGUUUUCUUCCCUAUCUUUUCAGUUUCUUCUCUCUCAGUUUUCUCCUGUCUUUUCGUUUUCUUCUCUAUCUCUCUUCUUUUCUUCCUAUCUCUCUUCUUUCUCUCUCUUUUCAGUUUUCUUCUCUCUCUCUUUUCAAUUUCUUCUAUCUCUUUCAGUUUUCUUCUCUCUUCAGUUUUCUUCCUUUCUCCAGAUUUUCUUCCCUAUCUCUCUUCAAUUUCUUCCUAUCUCUCUUCAGUUUUCUUCUCUCUCUCUCUUCAGUUUUUUCCGUAUCUCUCUUCCAGUUUUCUUCAUUAUCUCUCUCUUCUCUCUCUCUCUUCUGUUUUCUCUCUCUCUCUUAGUUUCUUCUUGUCUCUGUCAAUUUUCUCCUUUCUUCUCUCUCUGUCUCUCUCUCUUUCUCUCCUUCUUCUUCUCUCUCUCAUUUUUUCUUUUCUCUUUCUUCUUCUCUGUCUCUCUCUCUCCUUGUUCUUCUCUCUCUCUCUCUCUCUCUCUUGUUCUUCUUUCUCUCUCUCUCUCUUCUUGUUCUUCUCUGUCUCUCUCUCCUUGUUCUUCUCUGUCUCUCUCUCUCCUUGUUCUUCUCUGUCUCUCUCUCUCCUUGUUCUUCUCUCUCUCUCUCUCCUUGUUCUUCUCUGUCUCUCUCUCUCUCCUUGUUCUUCUCUGUCUCUCUCUCUCUCUCCUUGUUCUUCUCUGUGUCUCUCUCUCUCUCCUUGUUCUUCUCUGUGUCUCUCUCUCUCUCCUUGUUCUUCUCUCUCUCUCUCUCUCUGUUCUUCUCUCUGUCUCUCUCUCUCUCUCCUUGUUCUUUCUGUCUCUCUCUCUCCUUGUUCUUCUCUCUGUCUCUCUCUCUCUCUCUCUGUUCUUCUAUUCUUCUGUCUCUCUCUCUCCUUGUUCUUCUCUCUCUCUCUCUCCUUGUUCUUCUCUCUCUCUCUGUUUUUCUUCUGUCUCUCUCUCUCUCUUGUUCUUGUUCUCUCUCUCUCUCUCUCUCCUUGUUCUUCUCUCUCUCUCUCUCUCUCCUUGUUCUUCUCUCUCUCUCUCUCCUUGUUCUUCUCUCUCUCUCUCUCCUUCUUCUUUCUUCUCUCUCUCUCUCCUUGUUCUUCUCUCUCUCUCUCCUUGUUCUUCUCUCUCUCUCCUUGUUCUUCUCUCUCUCUCUCCUUGUUCUUCUCUCUCUCUCUCCUUGUUCUUCUCUCUCUCUCCUUGUUCUUCUCUCUCUCUCUUUUCUUGUUCUUCUCUGUUCUCUCUCCUUGUUCUUCUCUCUCUCUCUUGUUCUUCUGUCUCUCUCCUUGUUCUUCUCUCUCUCUCUCCUUCUUCUCUCUCUCUCUCUCCUUGUUCUUCUCUGUCUCUCUCCUUGUUCUUUCUGUCUCUCCUUGUUCUCUCUGUCUCUCUCCUUGUUCUUCUCUGUCUCUCUCCUUGUUCUUCUCUGUCUCUCUCCUUGUUCUUCUCCUCUGUCUCUCCUUCUCUUCUCUCUCUCUCUCUCCUGUCCUCUCUCUCUCUUCUCUUCCUUCUCUCUCUGUCUUGUCUUUUCUCUCUCUCUCUGUCUUCUUUUAUUUUCUUCUGUUUCUUCUUUUAUUUUCUUCUGUUUCUUUUUUAUUUCUUCUGUUUUUCUUUUUAUUUUCUUUUCUUAUUUUCUUUUUCUUUUAUUUUCUUUUUUUCUUCUUCUGUUUCUUCUUUAAAACUCUUCUUAUUUUUGUCAUUGUUCUUGCAGGAGUUUGCAGCCCAAGUGCAUUCACUCAAAUGACUAUUGCAUCUAAUGUGAAAGGAUUCUAUUCUGCUGUCCGUCUAUCACCUCCUGCCACAUCUCUUUAUAUAACAGCUGGGGCCUUCCCUUAUGUUGGUUUCUUUUAUGCUGAAGAGCACUUUUUUAUUUUAUUUUUCAUUUAUUUACUUUUACUUUUUUUUUCCUUUUGUUUUCUCUCUCUUUAUACCCUUUUUGUUUUUUUUCUCUCUUGUCUUUUAUUCCCUUUUUGUUUUUUCUCUCUGUCUUUUAUUCCCUUUGUUUUUCUCUCUCUGUCUUUUAUUCCCUUUUGUUUUUUCUCUCUGUCUUUUAUUCCCUUUGUUUUUCUCUCUCUGUCUUUUAUUCCCUUUUGUUUUUCUCUCUCUCAAAUAUUUUUUUUUUUUUUUUAA